AUGACAUCCUCGUCAGCAAGUAAAAGUCAAUCAUUGAGCAAUGAUUUGAAGCCGCUAUAUUACACCAAACGCUGGAUCCGACACUUGAAAUCAUACCCUGAUCAUCUUCGAUUGAAAGGAUCAGUAUUACCCUCCAUUUUCCCAUUGAUUGCGUUGACGGCCCUUUAUGCGUACUUUAUUGGUGUCAUGUAUAUAUCCUGGGGCUGGACACACGUCGCUCUCAGCAAUUCCGUCGUUCCUGUGCUGUCUGUGGUUCUUGGUCUGUUAUUGGCAUUCCGAGCCAACACAUCCUACGCACGUUACUAUGAGGGCAGACAGCUGUGGCAAGAUUUAGCCAGCAAUACACGAAACCUUGCGCGCUUAAUCUGGUGCAGCAUUCCAGAACGUACACAAAACGACCAUCUGGAAAAGAUGAGAUGCAUGAAGUUGUUGCUGGCAUUUGCUGUAUCCACCAAACACUAUUUGAGACGAGAAUAUGGCAUCGAUUACUAUGAUUUAGACUACUUGCUACCGCCAAAUUGGAUUCCUGCAGCUGCCGAUGACCAAUUGUUUAUCAUCAAGGAUGAUAGCUCGGAUGAUGAUGCCGUUGUUGUGUCCAAUGUUGCAGAAGGUAGCACUAGCCAUUUGUUGGAUGCUAACCAAGGAGGUGAUGAUAUUCAUGAUUUGGGCAAUCAAAAAUGUCCUUCCACUGCUCCAUCUUCUUCUGCCACAUCCACAUUCGAUGGUGCUAGUAGCGCCAACCACAGCCAUGCCGACGGCGCAUUGAGAAAGAAAAAACGGCAGGCGAGAUUCAGCUGUGAGGAGGAUUUACCUGAUGAGGGUAACUCGGACAUGUCGCUUCCUCUGGAGAUCAUCUUUCGCAUGAGUUUGUACAUGGCACAAGCUAAAACUGCCGGGAAAAUUGAUGGCGCUUUCUCCAAUGUCAUCAUCACCCAUUUGAAUAACUUGAAUGACUCCUUGUCAGGCAUGGAGCGUAUAGUCAACACGCCUAUCCCCGCUGUGUAUGUGGUUCAUUUGAAACAAUCUUUGGCCUUGUACAUAUUGGCUAUUCCGUUUACUCUGGUGGAACAGCUCAAGUGGUGGAUUAUACCCACCAUCAUCUUGGCCUCUUUCACAUUGUUCGGCAUUGAUGCGAUUGGAGCUCAAAUAGACAAUCCAUUUGGCUACAACAGCAAUGACCUCCCUCUAAAUACGUUCUGUGAUUCUCUUCGAAAGGAGAUCGAGUUUAUUGUGUAUCAUUUACCUUGUGAAACAGAGAACGCUAUGAUGGUGUAG